GCUCCCCAGUGAGCCCCUUCAAGGCCGCGUCGGCUGGCUGCGUUGUCUGUCUAGCACAGCAACAGCAACACCAAAACACCAGCUGCCUGUCCUGUGUUGUAGAUUUUCUCCCCUUUUGAAACUGACCGAGUACAUUACUACCAUGGCUCUUCGUUUGCACCAACUUCUGCUGCAACGAAGAACUCUAAAUCUUUCUUCAUUCUGCCGCUCAAGUCACAUUGGAACGAAGGAUUUCGAAAAGCUGCAGAUUCUAAAAAGAUGCUCCCAGGAUAUUCACUUAACAACAGCAUCGUCAUAUCCAGAUGCUAAGGAUAUACCCCUUCCAACCAAUGUGGAGGACAUAAAUGCCAUUGAAACUGGUCGUUUUUCCCCUCAAAGAGCUCGUGAUAUCACGGGUGAUGUGAUAAUCACUCAAAGCUCUUCAAGCAAACCUACUGUCAAGCAGGAUCUCUCUGCAGACAGUUUUCUUCAAAGUUAUGACUGCACAGGAACAGUCAGUUUAAAUUCUGCAAUGCAGACAAAUGUGCCUGAUCCCUACACUGCUAAAGGAAAGUCUUCUCACCUCAAUAUGCCUGGGGGUGAAUGGGCACGGUCCGACAAGUACGUUGCUCAGGAUCUUCAGAAUUCCCACUAUACCAACAUCAAAGAAACUGAUCCUGCAGCACGUGCUGCCACCACCCUUCAUGGGAAAAAAGGUACCUAUCUAAGCUCAGGACUAAUCCAUGCACUAGGGCAAAGUUGUCAGCUUCGCCACUUUAGUUCAGAUGUAAAAUCACCUCCAAAUAGUGAAACCGAAGCAGAUCCUAAAAAGAUGGACAAAGUCUCUCUACUCAAGAAAGCAAUAAAGGAUUAUGGAGCUACAGUGAUUGUGUUCCAUGUUGGCAUUUCACUGAUUUCACUUGGUGGCUUCUAUCUGGCAGUCACAAGUGGUGUAAACAUGACUGGCUUUUUCUCAACAACGGAUCUUUCAUCAGAGGUUGCAGGGGAAGUGGGUGCUUUUGUCGUUGCCUAUGCUAUUCACAAAAUGUUUGCUCCAGUUCGUAUAAGUAUUACAUUAUUCAGCACACCGUUUAUUGUUCGUUAUUUAAGAAAAGUUGGUGUUUUAGCUAAACCUUAGGAGUAGUCAAUGGUAUGCUGCUGCUCUUGCUAGAUUCUUGAAUAUUUUUUAUGCAAAUUUCAUCCAAAUUUUGUUUUAUCCUACAGUAUAUUCUUAUGAUGAAGAGGUCAAUUUCAGACUUUUUAGGCCGAAAAUUACUUCCAUUGUGUUUUAUGGUUUAACAUAUGUGGCUGACUUCUCUAGGCGAGUUCUCACUCAUUAGUCUAAAAAUAGAUGUGAAUGGUUGUGAACCCGCCCUGUUAGUUGUUCCUUUUGCCUAGGAGUAAAGGCUCUUUUUGUUGUUUUUUUAUCAUUCCUGUUGGUACUGUGUUUGAAACUGCUUUAGCUGAUGCUGAGUCCUUGAGCAUCUUCUGGCUGUGUGAAAUGUGAUGAGAGCUGAUACUUUGUUACUGUGUGAAACUUUUGUUUGUUUUUAUAGUGCUUCAUGCACAUGUUUGUGUAGUUAAAAAAGAAGAAUUUCACUUAAAUUUUUUAAACUGCAUUGGUUGUGGGUAAAGUAUAAAAUUUUGUAACACAAUUUUCAAUAAAAACAUGUUUAUUUCCA